AUGCUACUCGACUGCCGCCAUGGCCUUGUACUACUCUCCGACUGGACGCGGCGCCAGUUCGUCGUGUGGGACCCCGUCACCGGCGACCAGCACCGCGUCACCGUUCCCGCGGGGUUCGAUCCGAAGAGGACCGAGAUCAGCGGGGCGGUGCUUCGUGCCGCGGGAGACGUCCAACACUUCCAGGUGGUCUGUGUGGCAACACGCUGCGACGACAUACAACAUGGAGAAGCAGCGGUCGCCUGCGUUUAUUUGUCGGAGACCGGCGAAUGGGGUAACCUCGUAUCGACCCCAGUUCCUUCCGGGUCCAGCAUCGAGUUAUAUCGGAUGUUAUCUUUCAGAACAAUUUCUAGGGAGCCCGCAGUGCUGACGCAGAGCCUGGCUGUUACAAGGGUUCCCCAUGUGCCUAUAGAUCACUUCAAGGUUAUAAGGGCAGAUAGUGGCGGGCUGUGUUUCCUGUACAUGUCAGAGUCAGACUUCACAGUGCAAUUAUGGAAGCCGGAGACCAAUUGCAAUAUUCUUGGUUCAUCUAGGCUGGGAAGAACUAUUGAACUGGGCAAAUUGCUUCCCGUGGAGCAAGGGAAGGACAACAUAUUUAUAGUAGGGUUUGCUGAGGAAAAUAAUAUGGUGUUCCUGAGGACAUUGAAAGGCCUCUAUGCGGUCCAUCUUCAGUGA